AUGGAUGCGGAAAAGGGAAGGGAUAUCACAAGGGAUGAGAGAGAUAUCCAUGAAUCACAUCAUGUGAAUGAAGGCAUAAAAAUAGCAAAGAGAGCUAUGAAUAUAAAUUUGGUGAACAAACAGUUCACUGAAUAUGAAAUCCUGGCGCAGGCGUUGGUCUUCUUUUUGGCCGGUUAUGAGACAACGACUACUACUCUGACGUUCUGUACGUAUGAAUUGGCUCUCAAUCCACACAUUCAGAGACACUCUCAGAAGAAAUCAAUUCUGCCGUCGAUUCCAACGGAGGGAUCAUUGGCUCGACUGCCAUAUUUGGAUGCCGUCCUCUCAGAGACACUACGUCUUCAUCCGCCGUCACUACGAUUGACACGACUGGCCGCUACUGACUAUAAAUUAGACAAAACUGGAAUUACAAUACAAAAGGGACAACAAAUUGAAAUUCCAGUCUAUGCUAUCCAUACAUGUAAAGAGAACUACCCGAACCCAUUCCAGUUUAACCCUGAUAGGUUUAUGCCUGAGAACAGACAUAAUAUGAAACCCUACACAUACCUACCCUUUGGUGCGGGUCCUCGAAGUUGCAUUGGUAUGAGGUUUGCAUUACUCGAAGCCAAGUUAGCUUUGGCUCAUAUUAUCAGAAGAUUUAAUUUUAUUAAAACCCAGAAUACAGACGUUCCCCUCCAAUACAAAAGGACAUAUCGUAUAACAACUCCUAAAAUAUUUAUUAUUGAAAUUGAUUCAAUACUUAUUAUGAUCAAUAAUAAUAAAUGGAAGAAAACAUUGAACUACUGGACAGAAAGAAAUAUCCCUGGUCCUAAACCGAUCCCAAUAUUCGGUAACUAUUUGAGCUUCUUUUUCAAAGAUUUGCCUCAUUUGGAGUUAGAGUGGUAUCACAAAUACGGACGACUUUAUGGAACCUUUGCGGGUGAGAAACGUGAGCUAAUGGUGUCGGACCCGGAAAUGAUUAAACAACUUCUGGUCAGAGAUUUCUAUUCGAUGCCAAACAGGAGAGACAUUGGGACCCGACAUAAGGUAUUCAUGUCUGUUAUGUUUCUGUCGAGGGAUGAGAACUGGAAGCGCAUCCGAGCCAUUGCCAGCUCUUCGUUCACAUCCAGCAAAAUAAAGCAAACGAUUGGUCUCAUCAACGAGUGC